AUGGGGGUACUCAAUUUAUUAGUUUUAGGGCGGAUUAGUUAUGAAAACAAUUUAAAAAUAUAUUUGCUUGUCACACAGUGGUUAAUUAUUAUAAUUAUUACAAGUUAUAUUUUUGGUUACAAACAGUUAUUCUACUUGGCUGUAGUCGGCUGCGUUUGCGCGCAGUACGAUUGGGGCCAGCAGAUCGAGCAGAAAGAAGAAAUUCCCAGAUUUUGUCAUCUGGAUUAUGAACCUGGAUUCUGCAAUGCGUACUUCCCCAGGUACUAUUUCUCUGACAGAGACAAUAGAUGCUUAGAAUUCAUCUACGGAGGAUGUGGAGGGAACAGUAACCGAUUCAGAAGCGUAGAAGCGUGUGAAUCGACGUGUUUAAAAAAACCUGACUAUUUUAAUAAUGCGCCAAUUAGUUACAGUAGUUAUAAUUUUUGGACUGAUAAAAAAAGGUCUUGGGGCAAGUUGACCGAUAUAAGCGGAUACGAACCAAUCCUCGAACCCGUCAAAAUAUAGAGUAAAUAAGACCUUCGUACUCCAAACAGCGUAGGUAUAUUAUUUUAACACAUCGAAGACUCAGAACUUUAUGUUUGUUAUUGAUGAAAAUCCGUAUUUUCCAAUACGCAAGCUGUAAUU